UUUCAAGAAUCUUUGUUGUCAUAGCUCAAGUCAAUUCUCAUUCGCAGAAGUGAAAAACCUAAACAGUGAGAUCAUACGUGCAUUGUCGAAGUGAGUCCUUUAUUUCACAAUCCGUGUACAUUAUUGCUUUAAAAUUUCAGCUUUUAAGGCUUGAUAGAUUAAAUCUUUCACUUUGUGAUUUUUGAAGUUGUUCAAAACGGCCUCCGAAAAGCUUAACCCGUCUGACAAGCAAAACUACAACACGAUGUAUCAGUCACAAGGCGGGUAUCCACAAGCUGGGUACCCUCAAGCUGGGUACCCUCAAGCUGGGUACCCUCAAGCUGGGUACCCUCAAGGCGGUUACCCUCAAGGCGGUUAUCCUCAGGGCGGUUACCCUCAAGGCGGUUACCCCCAAGGCGGCUACCCCCCUCCUCCUCAACCUGGGUUCCAAAGUCCAUCAGCUUACGGAGGAGGCGGUUAUGGAGAGGCCGGCUACGGAGGCGGUUUGGGCGAAGACGCUGAUGUCAAAGGAUUUGAUUUCAACGACCAGAGCAUCAGGAAACUCUUCGUGAGGAAGGUGUACAGUAUCUUGAUGACGCAGCUGUUGGUGACGAUGGCUUUCAUAACGCUGUUCGUGUAUCACGCCCCCACCAAGCUGUGGGUGCAGAAGAAUCCGUUCAUGUUUUGGAUCGCGUUCGCCGUGGUGCUGGUGUGUCUGAUAGCGAUGGCGUGCUGCCCGUCCGUCCGCCGCACCGCUCCUAUGAAUUUCAUCUUCCUCGGCAUCUUCACCGUGGCCGAGAGCUUCCUGUUGGGCGUCACUAGCAGCAUGUAUCAGAGCGAGGCGGUGAUGAUGGCUGUCGGUAUAACAGCGGCCGUGUGUCUGGCUCUCACGAUAUUCGCCAUGCAGACCAAAUGGGACUUCACUAUGAUGGGAGGGGCGUUGAUCGUGGCCACCGUAGUCCUGCUGAUUUUCGGUAUUGUGGCGAUCUUUGUGAAGGGUAAAGUUGUAACUCUGGUGUACGCUUCACUGGGGGCCAUAAUCUUCUCCCUAUACUUGAUAUACGACACUCAGCUGAUGAUGGGAGGCAAACACAAGUACAGCAUCUCCCCGGAAGAGUACAUCUUCGCCGCCCUCAACCUGUACCUGGACAUCAUCAACAUAUUCAUCUACAUCCUCACCAUCAUCGGAGCGGCGAGGGAUUAGAUCACAUCCAGAACAGUAUAUAUGUAUUAUUUUGGUCAAUUCGCUUCCGGCUGCAACUAUAGCAUCACCCGCUGGCAUUCCUCACUGUGAACGGACACUCCUUAUGUACAUAUAAAGGGACUGUCUUUAUAUAGGUUUAUUCCGUUCCUCAUGUAAACAUGUAAAUCACUGCUUUAAUUACAGAAUCUAUAAAUUUUAAUCGAAUAUUUAGUUAAUAAAAGAUUUAUAUCUAUGCAGAAAAUUAGAAGCUGAUUAACAUUGUAACAACUAAUUAAAUAAAACCUUCUCUUGUUCGUUUGUCUGUAUGUUACGCUAUGACUGUAUUUUCUUUUCUGAUAUAAAAGAAACAAAACUCCUAUUGCCAUCUCUUUUCAACAAAUAUAUAUUUGAAAUGUUUAGUAGACGUUGCAUUUAAGUGUUACAAAAUGUGUCUUAAAUUUAUUGUAUUGCUUAACUCUACUUAAAACUCGUGAACACGUUCGAAUAACCAGUUUGCAGCCGCUAGGUGGCGUUGUUGUAAAAAUGUUAAAGUGUUCGUCUCUGUCCCGUGUUUCCCAGCCCCGUGUUUUGUGUAGUGAAGCACACGCCCGGUUCCCACACUGUAUAUAUGCAACUCGUGUAAUUGAUGGUAAGAUAUUAUUUAUAUCGUAAUGUGUUAAGGUUUCGUUGUUCAAACUAUGUUGUAGUUUUAAUUAAAAAUUGUCGUAAAAUU